AUGGCACCGCCGUGCAAAAAGAGAAAAUCGAUGCGUGGCUCUAAUUUUGAAAAGCCAACACCGUCCACAUCCGUGGCUUCGGACCAGAACCAGGACCAGGACCAUAAACCCACAUCGACUGAAUUGAUGGCGACUGACAUGCACCCGCCCCACCAAGUUGAUCCAGAUGGAGAUAUCAUUCUCUUCACACGGGAAGCUUCCUUGAUUGACAUCAGUAAAGGCAAUGUGCCGGGAAACUACGCUCGCUUUCAAGUUUCAUCGAAGCACCUCACACUUGCGUCGGGUUAUUUCAAGCGGAUGCUAAAAAAUUGUUGGGCUGAAGGGGUUGCUCUUUCGACAAAGGGGUCUGUUGAGAUUCCUGUCAACGACUGCAAACCAGAUAUCCUUCUGAUCAUUUUGAACCUCAUUCAUGGACGUUCCCGACAAGUUCCUCUAAAGUUGUCCCUGCCGCAAUUGACUGAUAUCGCUGUGGCCACCGAUUUUUUUGAAUGCCACGAGGCCAUCGAGGUGUUUGCUGGUAUCUGGAUAAAAGAUCUCGAGUCGCUUGUUUCGUCAUCGUUCUCAGAAAAUACAAAAGAGUGGAUAAUGAUCGCCUGGGUCUUCAAGUCCAACGAUAUUCUUCGACAGACAGAAACAAUUGCCAUGCAGCAAGGAACAGGUCCCUUUCAGACAAGCAAUCUACCGAUUCCAAAAAGCAUCAAAGACAAAAUCGAUCAAGCCAGACAAAAAUACAUGGAAUCGCUCCAAGUGAAGUUUGGACAACAGAUUGAAAAGCUGUUGAACAGCCCGAAUGCGAAGCAUACGUCUUGUGGCCCCGAGUGCAAUGCAACAUACCUCGGUCUUGUCCUUCGUACACUAACCCACAACAAGAUAUCUUACUCAGCCGGUAUACCUUCGCUUCCAGAUCAGCCUUACUCCCCCUUUGUUGCCGUCUCUCUUGAAAAUCUCAGUCCUACUUCCGUCAUCUCUAUGGUGAAGAGUUGGGACUCCCUCAACAAUACGAGCUCGAAAUCUGAGUAUUGUGGACCUUAUAAGUAUUGUGAAAACAGACUUAAGCCUUUUGGGAAUGACGCGACAAGCAGAGCACAAAAUCUGCCAACUUCGCUAUAG